AUGUACAGCAAAGAAGGAGAAAACGAAAAGCUGGUUGCUGCUCAUCAACAAGCGGAGAAGGAGCUGCAGAAAUCUAUGGAGGCCCAAAGCGACCUAGAAAUGAGAGUAGCAAGCCUAAUGCAAACCCUAAAACUAAAAGAAGAUUCAAUUCAGCAGAUGGAGGAGCAGCUGGAGGAGGAGAAAGGGAGGUCCCGCAGUUCUGCGUUUUUACAAGGACAAAUAGAAGACUUAAAAUAUGAUUUAAAUAUAGCAAUAGAAAAAGAAAAAAAUGUGUCUACGCAGCUCCAUGAGCUGCAGCACCGCACCGCAACACAGCAGCAAAAGGCAGAGGAAAUACAAGAAGAAAUGGAAAUAGAAAACAAAAAAAUAAAAGAAAUUAAAAAACAAAUAGAAGAAGAAUUAAUAAUACUGAAACAAGAACAUGAAUCUCUGCUUGUAGAAACGAACUCUGUAAAGGAUGAAAAUGCAGCACUGCAGCAGCAGCUGCAUUCUGCUGUACAUACAGCUGAAGACAGCCGCAACCGCAAUAUAGAGCUUCGUUCUUUUGUUUCUCUUCUUUCUGAUCAGCUGUUUGCAUGCGCUCACGCGUUUGCUUCUUUUGGUGUAUGUACACUAGAAAAAGAGAUUAUUGAUUUUUUUAUAAAAAAUAAAAAUAAAAAUAAAACAGAAGAUACAGCAGCAGCAGCAGCAGCAGCAGCAGCAGGAGCAGCAGCAGCAGAAGGAGCAGCAGCAGCAGCAGAAGGAACAGCAGCAGGAGGAGUAGCAGCAGCACCAGAAACAGCAGCAACAGCAACAGAACCACCGCCAGCAGCAGCAGCAGCAGCAGCACCACCGCCAGCAGCAACAGCAGCAGCAACAGCAGCAGCAGCAGCAGCAGCAGCAGCAGCAGCAGCAGCAGCAGCAGAAGAAGAAAAAGAAUGGAUGGAUCUAUGUGUAUAA